AUGGCGUCGGCAGAAGUGAGGGCAGUCAGCCCCGAGAACGGAACGGGCACGACGGAUCAACCGUCGACAUCAGCAGGACCUGGAGCUCAGAAAGCGAACGACGACACCAGCAAGCUCGUUCAAGAUGUCUUGUCCUCGGAGAUUGGCAUUUCUGUUAUGCUCAACCGGUUGAAGCAAAGCAUCACCUCGGCAAAGGAGUUCUCCCAGUUCCUUAAGAAACGCGCCCAGCUCGAAGAAGAGCAUGCCAAUUCGCUCAAGAAGCUCUGCAAGAGCUCCCACGAGAUUAUGCAGCGCGGCGAACACCGAGGCGGCACUUUCGGCAAGGCUUACGAGGAGAUGCUCAUGGUCCAUGAACGAAUGGCCGACAAUGGACUCAUGUUUGCCACAUCUCUGCACCAGAUGUCCGAAGACUUAAAUGAGUUGGCCCAGGUAGCCGACAAGUCACGGAAAGGCUGGAAGCAGAGUGGUCUGGCUGCUGAACAGCGAGUUGCAGAGCUUGAGGCUGCUAUGCGCAAGUCCAAGUCGAAGUACGAUGCCCUUGCGGAGGAGUAUGAUCGCGCCCGUACUGGUGACACCAGUGGUCGUCAGGGUGGCAAGAUGUUCGGCUUCAAGGGCCACAAGUCUGGCGCUCAGCACGAGGAGGAUCUUCUUCGUAAGGCCCAGGCAGCGGAACAGGACUACCAAGGCAAGGUCCAAGUUGCUGCAUCUGAGCGAAGUGAGCUCGAGGCGAAAACACGCCCUGAGACUGUCCAGGCCCUGCAGGAUCUUAUUAGGGAGUGUGACUCAGGAUUGGCCUUGCAAAUGCAGAAGUUUGCCUCCUUUAACGAGAAGCUGGUCCUUAGCAACGGGCUCAGCAUUAGCCCUCUGAAGAAGGAAGGCAAUGAAUGCAAAAGCCUUCGUGAGUGUAUUCUCGCUAUUGACAACGAGAAAGACCUCAACGACUACUUAAUGAGCCAUCAUCCUAGGCUCCAGCCCAAGACCGGGCUCCCCAAGUAUGAAAAGAACCAUCUUCUCGAUGCCCAUCGGACCCCAGCAGCCUCAACUCAGAACAUCUCGCAGCAUCAGGGGUCUAGCGGCGGUUAUCAACCACCGCCGAACAUGUUUCCUUCAAAUUCACGGUCAAACACUUUCAGCGAGACUCCACUAUCUACCUCUGCACCGCUGGGGCAUAGCUAUGGGCAGAGCGUUGGCUCAGUGCCUCUUCUCGGCGGUGCCACGCGGCCAUCAUCCCAGCCUCAGCAUGAGAGAAGCUUCAGUCAUGGGAAUCUCCUAAAUCAAGCCAGCAGCAGUGGAGGCCAACAAUAUCGUAGUGUCAUCCCACAGUCACAGCCAUCGAAUGUCCGGUACAAUGGUGGCUAUGGCUCAACAAGCACCUCUCAGGGGCCUCCACAACUCGGUGUUCUUCCUUUCCAAUCAUCACAAUCGCAGCAACCGCAAUCACAGUCUUAUGGCCAAUCACAGCAAGGUUCCUCAUCUUCGACUGCCCUUCAAAGAGCGUCACCGCCCCUCGGCCCACACCUUUCCCAGCCAGUGUUUGGCGUGUCACUGGCUAGGCUUUAUGAGAGAGAUGGGUUGGCGGUGCCGAUGGUUGUGUACCAGUGUAUCCAGGCUGUAGACCUUUUUGGCCUGAAUGUUGAGGGCAUCUAUCGGCUCUCUGGGUCUCUGCCGCACGUCAACAAGCUUAAGCACCUCUUCGAUACAGACUGCCAUUCUGAAAAUCUUGACUUCCGUAACCCCGAAAAUUUCUUCCAUGAUGUCAACAGUGUCGCUGGUCUACUGAAGCAGUUCUUCCGUGACCUUCCCGACCCCUUGAUGACACGUGAGAACUACCAAGCCUUUAUUGAAGCAGCUAAGCACGAAGAUGAUAUCGUCCGUCGGGACUCUCUCCAUGCUAUCAUUAAUAGUUUGCCCGACCCCAACUAUGCCACCCUUCGCGCCCUCGUGCUACAUCUACAUCGCGUUAUGGAGAACUCAGCGUCCAACCGCAUGAGUUCUCAAAAUCUUGCCAUCGUCUUCGGGCCUACUCUGAUGGGUACCGCACCAGGCGGCAAUGUCGCCGAUGCCGGCUGGCAAGUGCGGGUGAUUGACACCAUCUUGCAGAAUACAUUCCAGAUCUUUGAUGACGAUGAUUAG